AUUCCCUUAAAUUCCAACAGUACCCAAAAAUUCAAAAAAUAAACAAGGAAAACUGAACACCCAUGUUCAAUUUGUAAAAAUUUCUCAAUCUCAGAGAUGGAUUUUGAUAAUAUGAAAAGGAAGGAACUACAAGCCCUAUGCAAGAAACAUGGAAUUCCUGCAAAUUUAACUAACUUAGAAAUGGUCAACAAACUUUCUUCAAUUAUUAAGGUAAAUGAUGAAAAGCUCUUAACUCAAGGGCGGUCAUGUUUAAAGGUUUUCGAUGAGACUGUGAAUGAUAGAGAGUCUGAUGUUGUAAAUAGGACACUAAAGAAAGUGAAGUUUAGUCCUGAGAAUGAAAUUUUCGAGUUCACAAAAUCGGUUGAAGUGAAAAGUAGAGGGAGGAGGAAGUCAAUGUUGCACAAUAACAGCUUGAGUGUUAGGAGUGAUGGUGUAAAGAUAGGCAUUUUGGGUAGUCCAGUUAGGGUUACGAGGUCGCGGGGUAUGAAUUUGGAAGAUGGUGUUAGUGAGAAAAAGGGAAGGACGAGGCGUACAAAAGAUAGCGUACUUUUAGUGAAUGAGAGUGAGGAUGAAGUUGGAAUGACCAAGAGACGAUCUUUGAGGAACAAAGAAGUAGUAUCAGUACAAGAAAGAAGGGAGGAAAAUGAGGGUGUGAAUGAAGGUUUAAGGAUGAGUAGAAGAGUAAAAGGUGAGAAAAUUGCUAACGAGAGUGCAGAAGAAUUGGAUAAAAGUACUAGUGAAAAAGAAAUUGAUCCAGAGAAGAGGGACAAGAAAGUGACAUUCGCUAGUGAUGAUCAGAUAAUGGAGUGCAUGAAAGCUGAAACGAAAGCCAAGGAGAUGAAAAGAGGAGGGAGAAGGAAAUCGAUUGCUCAUACUCAGACCUCGCAUGUCCAAAAUGAGGUUGUUGCUAAAGUAAGGGAUGAGGUUUUGGAGAAGCCAGCAGAACGGAUAACAAGGUCUCGGAACUUGAAAUCAGUUGAGGAUUAUGUGGGUAUCAAAAGGAACCGAACGAGGGGUAAGGAAGUUAUUGAGAGAAAUGAAAAACUGCUUUGUACAGAAUUUGUUGAAUCUUCAGUUGAAGCUGCCAACAAUGAAGUUAAAGUAACCACCAGAAGGUCUCAGCAGAAUAAUGUGGUGGAGGAGGCAUCCCAAACGGCUUUGAAGAGGUCAAAAAGGCAAGCUACUAAGGCGGAGGGUGCAAGAUUCACAGUUGAAGCUGCCAAUGAUGAAGUUAAAGCAACCACAAGGUCUCAGCAGAAUAUGGUGGUGGAGGAGGCACCUCAAACGGCUUUGACGAGGUCAAAAAGGCUAGCUAGUAAGGCAGAGGGUGCAAGGUUGACUGAUGAUAUUUCUAAAGAUAAGAUGGUUACUAGGGACAGGACUAGAAAUCAUUCUAACUUGGCUGUAGAAGCUUCGACAUCAGACGUGGUUCCUCAACUUGAUAAACAGGUAGAAGUUCCUCUUAGAAGAAGUGAUAGGCGCGAAUCUGUUUUUCCUUUGGAGAAAUUGAGUAGUGAUGAGGCUGUGGCUGUAAAGGAGAAAAGAAACUUAAACGUUAAUGAUGACGAGAUGGCGAAUAAAGGUAAAAAAGACGAACCCCUGAGGGCAUUGAAGCGGUCAAAAAGGCUUGCUACACAAGUGGAAGAUUCAGUAUUGGCGAAAGAUGAUAUUGCUGAAAAUAAAGUGGUUGAUAGAGGCAUGACAACAAGAAACCAAUCUAACUUGAAAAGAAACGUUUCUUCAGUGGAGACUCGGUGUAAAAUGGACAGGCCAACUGAAUCUCAAGGGACUGUUGAAGUGGUUAUCACACUUGAAGAACCGGGAGAAGCUCCUGUCAAAAGAAGUAAUAGGCACAAAUCUGUUGUUCCUUCUUUGGAGAAAUUAAGAACUGAUGAAGUUGCAGCCGCAAAGGAGAAAAGAAAUUUAGAUGCUAAUGAUGACAAGGUAAGGGGUAAAAGCACAAAAGAAGAACCCCAGAAGGCAUUAAAGAGAUCAAAAGGGCUUGCUCAACAAGUCGAAGAUUCUGUACCGGCUAAAGAUGAUAUUGCUGAAAAUAAAGUAGAAGAGAGGAGACGCUCUGGAAGGAAUGCUGCUAAAGACAAUGUAGACACCAAGAUAUUGGACGGUUCAGUGCAAGAAGAAAUUGUAGUGGUAAAAGAAGAGAGGAGACGUUCUGAAAGGAGUGCUUCUAAAGCCUAUGCAGACACCAAGAUAUUGGACAGUUCAGUGCAAGAAGAAAUUGCUGUGGUAAACGAAGAGAAGAGACGUUCCGAAAGGAGUGCUGCUAAAGCCAAUGUAGUCACCAAGAUAUUGAGCAGUUCAGUGCAAGAAGAGAGGAGACGUUCUGAAAGGAGUGCUGCUAGUCUCACUCUUGUAACAGUUUCAGAUGAAAAGAAGGAAAGUGGUGAGAAUAAACUGAUAAAGAGAAACUGCACCGCUGUUCCAGAAAAAAGUUCUACCAAGAACAAGUUCGCCCUGCAAGAUUUAGAUUCUCUGAAACAGUCCACAAGUAGAGCAAAAACAAAUGUGGAGGCGGCAGCAGUUGUUGAAAAGACUAGUACUGCUGGAAAGAAGCAGCAGGGUCGACAAAAAAGAUCAAAUGUGGAAGUAGAAGCUCCUACAUCUGAGGACAUGGAAAUAGUCAGAGAGUCAGACAGUAAAGACUGUGAUAUCUCAGGGUCAGAAGGUGCUACGAGCUUCUCAAAAUCAGGACUGAAUGAGCUUGAAGCUGUUAAAAAUGAUGUCAAUAUAGUUCUCGCUGGAAGCAAGGAUGAAGCAGUUGCUGACUCGAGCACACUAGCUGAAAAUUUGAAGGAGAAAGGACCACUUGUAGAUGCAAAUGCUUCUCCGCCUGAAAAUAACUCCACAUGUAAAUGCCCUCCAUUCAGUGAUCCAUUCAGCUCCAACGCUAGACCCGAUGAGAACGUAGUUGAGGAACUUUUGCAGUCUGACCAUGAAGCGCCUGCAAGCCUAUGUCCUAGUUCUGUUUUGGCUGAUGAUGCAAUUCCAAAUGACAUAACUUCUGACAAACAGGAGCAUGGUGCGAUUGCUGCAGAUGAUGCAGAAGAAUUUGAUAUUGAAUUAUCUAAUGAAGUUAUUGAUAACUCUUCACUACACCAUAGUGAUAAAAUGGAAGAGAACCUUGAGUCUGGCCUUAAAGAACAAUCAGAAACUGGAUGUAUUGUUGAUGAAGGAGUAACUUAUGGUGAGCAGGAGCCUGCACGCAAUUUGGCUGAUGAUGCAGUUCCAAAUGAUUUAACUCUUGACAAAAAGGAGCUUGGUGCAACUGCAGCGGAUAAUGCAGAUGAAUUUGACACAGGAUUAUCUAAUGAAGUUCUUGAUAACUAUUCACUAAAUCAGAGUGAUAAUAUGAAGGACAACCUUGAGUCUGGUUUCAAAAAACAAUCAGAGACUGGAUUUAUUGUUACUGAAGGAGUAACUUCUGGUGAACAGGACCUAACUGUAACGGACUAUGCCAGGGAGUUUGAUGCGGGGUUGUCUAGUAGUGUCUCAUUGGACAGUGUAGGUGCUUUCAAUCUGAGCAAUGAGAUGGGAGUAAAAAAUUCUGAAUCUGGUCCUCCCAUGGAAAAAGCAGAAGCUGGAUGUAUUGCUAAAUGUGAUGGAGAUGCACCUACCUUCACAACUCAAGGUGAAUUACAUGCAGAAGGAUUUGCAAACUUGGAGGAGACUACUAAGGAAUUCUCGUCAAUAUCUCAACCUGAUGAUGAUGCAGCAGGCCUUUCUAGUGCCUUCACUUUUGAGAAAUCUUGUGAUCAUGGAAAGCAAUCAACGUUCAGGCCCAGGAACUGUCUUGAUUGUAGUAUCCAAACUUCUUCGGAGCUAGCUAAAUAUAAUGAAGGUGAGUACUUGGAUGAUCAGGAAAACGAACCUGAUGAAGGUGUGAGAUCCAUAGAGUUUGAGGCUACUGAAGGACAAGAAGAGAUUAUAGAUGAUGAGCAGCUCAGAAACAGCAAUGACAAUGAAGGCGGGUACUUGGAAGAUCAGGAAAAUGGACCUGAUGAGGGUGUGAGAUCCAUAGAGUUCGAGGCUACUGAAGGACAAGAAGACAUUAUAGAUGAUGAGCAGCUCAGAAACAGCAAUGAUAACGGAGACGGGUACUUGGAAGAUCAGUAUAAUGAACCUGAUCAAGGUAUGCAGCAGCAGCUUGGACACAACAAUGACAGUGAAGGCUCAGUUGAGGCGGCUGCUUCCGAGAAAACCGUCUCAAGUCCCAUAAAAGCAGUUCUAGAUUUUCAAGUUGCAGAACCUGCUGUUCUUGGUGAUGACAUCGCAUUAGUGGACAGUGAUGAAGAGAAGCAAGGUGAAGAACUUAAAGUUUUGUUUGCCACUCCUUGUGAUGUUUCACAUUCUAAAGAAGAAUCAAAAGCUUCUUUGGAAGGUGAUUCAAGGUUGAAAGAAAAUAAAGUUACUUUGGAUAAAGAGGUCAAAAAUAAAGAAUUUGAUGAGAAUCUCAACAGAAGGGGGCAAGCUUCCGUCAGUGGUAAUGAUAACUUAAGUCUUCAAAGUUCUGUCCGUGAUUGUGAUGAACAUGGCCAAGGAGAAAUUUUGAAAAGUUUGUUUGCCACACCAUUUGGUGGUAGAAGCAGCAAGGUAGAAAUAGCAACUUCUAUCGAGUUGAAUGAGACAAGCAGUCAAUACAAGCACAGUUGCCAUGCUAAUGAGAACACUUUUCCCUCUGCUGGCAAUGGCUUGUCACAAUCUACAACUCCUUUAAAGGACACAUCUAAAGACGAAGAAGCCGGAGAAGAGCUAAAAAGUUUGUUUGCUACGCCUUUAUUUGUUUCACGAUCUAUUGGAGGCGAACCUUACCAUUUUCGAAGUCAAUUGAGUGGAGAAGCAAUGAUCUUGGGAGAAGGACUUGGCUCCAGUGGAAAAAGAAAUCCGAGUGAACCUGUCGGUGGAUUGUUCGCGGAUGAGCAAGAGAUGUCCAUUGUAACAGGGGAACACCUAAAUAAUCUAUCUGCCUCACCAAUCUCUGUGAAAAGCACUAAUGAAGAGACUACUUCUACCAAAGGAAAGUAUAGUCAGAGUCAUGAAAUGGAAACUUUUAGUUGCAGUGGAUUAGAAAGAAAUGUUGGUGAAUGUGAAGAUGGACCUGCUGGAGUCAACCAAGCUCCAGUAAUCUCACAUGUUGCUGCUUUCAACUAUGGUGAUGAAAGUGAACAAGAAGAUCAACUGAAAAUGCUGUUUACUUUACCCAUCAAUACCCAGACUCUGAAUCAAAUGGAUGGAACAUCAAGCAAGACAGAAGAGCUUUCUGCUCAAGGGCUCUCCCAUCACACAGGUUUAUCAGUUGCAAAUCCAAGUGUUGUGGAUCUGUCAGAGUCUGACAGCAUGGAUUCUAAACAAUCGGAAGACAAUAUUACAGUUGAGAACAUCAAAGAAACUCCUGAGUGUAUUAAAGGAUCCAGUUCUCUUGAAGAAGAGAACAACGAAGGUCAGGGUAAUAUGCUGUCUGCAACAUCAGCUAAAAGCACGACUCCAUUGCGGAAAGAUGAGCUUUCUUCUCAAGAACCUAAGACAGCAGAUGUUGCAAUGUCGGGAGAAAUGGUUAGAGACCAAGAGAUGAAUACAAGACCUGAGAGCUGGGUUCAGGAAAUUGUUGACGGAGAGGAACACGGAACUGAUGAAACAGUGGCUGACAGGGAUUUGUUGCUAAGAGAUACCUCUAAAGCUCUGGAAGAAGACGUCGAUGUUGAAAUUGUAAACCAAAAUUCAGAGCCUACAUUCCACGAUGCUGAGUUUUCUGAACAGCAAUUGCUGGAGAUUAAUAAGAGCAGUCCUGAGUCCAUCAAACCAUCUGAUGAUGUCUACGAUGAAGAGAAUACUGAAGAUCACUUGAAACUGCUGUUUGCUACACCAAUCAAAGGAACAAGCACGUCCAGAUUGAGUGAAGCUUCUACUUGUCAAUUGAAGACAACAACGAUUGCAAUUGCUUCUGAAAUGGUUGGUAAGGAGCCUAAGUGCAAAGGGUUUGAAUUUUCUGGAGAGCCACUACCUGUGGAGAUCAUUGAUGGAAGUUGUGAGAGUAGGAAAGGAUCUUGCUUACUCAAGGAGAAUGAAGAACAGUUCAAACGAGGGCCUUUGUUUGCUACACCAUCAAAAAGCGCAAGUCCACUUCAAUUGGAGGAAAGUCUUAGUUGCCAAUUGGAUACAGCAGAAUUUGCUCUCUCGACUAAAGGCAUUGAUAGCAAUGCUGGGAACAAAAGUCAAGGCUGUCCUUUGGGAACCAUGGAAGCAAAAGAAAGUUGUGAACCUUCUAAAGACAGUGAAGCAUUGGAGCACAUUAAAAGUUCUCUUCAGGAGCCCGAAAUUGAGGAAGCAGUGGCUGGCAAGGAUUUGUUGCUAAUAUAUACCUCUGAAUAUCUGGAAGAGAAUAUUUACUCUGAAAUUGCAAACAAAAACACUUCGGCUGUUAUUUCAGAGCCUGCAUGCGACGAACUUGAAUUUUCUGAACAGCAAAUGGUGCUGGAGACCCAUAAGAGCAGUCCUGAGUCAAUCAAACAGUCUGAUGCUGUCAAUGAAGAGAAUAGUGAAGAUCACUUGAAACUGCUGUUUGCCACACCAAACAAAGAUACAAGUCCUUCCGGUCCUGAGUCCAUCCAACCAUAUGAUGCCAUCAAUGAAGAGAAUAGUGAAGAUCACUUGAAGCUGCUGUUUGCUACCCCAAUCAAAGGAACAAGUCCUUCCAAAUUGGAUGAAGAUUCUACUUGUCAAUUGAAGACAGCAAUGAUUGCAACUGCAUCUGAAAUGGUUGGUAAGGAGCCUAAGCGCAAAGGGUCUGAAUUCUCCGGAGAGCCACUAACUGUAGAGAUUAUUUCUGGAGGUUCUAGUAGCACUAAAGGAUCUUGCUUGUUCAAGGAGAAUGAACAAUUUAAAGAGGGGCCUCUGUUUGCUACACCAUCAAAAGGUACAAGUCCACUGCAAUUGGAGGAAAGUCCUUGUUGUGAGGAAGAUAUUUUUAAGGAUAUGGAUGGUGGUAAGUUCCUUAGCUCUCAGGAACAAAGUUUUGCGCAGUAUGAAGAUCGUCAACUUCUUAAUGAAAUGAUAGAUGAUACUGGUGAAGCUACACUCAAAUGGUUUCAAACAAACGAUGGCAGUGUUCCCAGAGAGACAGAGCUGGAGACGCAAAAAGAAAAUGAUUCUGUCCUUCAGUUCGAGUCCUUGCAUGAGAAAGGUGAAGUCACAGAAGAUGAUGCUCUUGCUGAGGGCCAGGCACACGAUCAUCAAAUGACAUCUCAGGAAUCUCCAGAAGACGAAGUAGCAAAAGGUGGUUCUGUUACUGAUGCAGUUUGCCAACAACCAAACAUGCUUUUGAGUGACAUUGAAACUGAGAACAUAACUCAGGAGAGCAUAACGAAGACCGAUGGCACUUCUAUUAGUGCUGAAAGUGGAAUUCUUGAUUUUGAUGCUGAAUCCACUACAUUAAGAAGUCAGGAAAAGAUUCUCAUCACUUUAGAGGAGACUAGGGGAGAUGAAGAACAAAACCUAGAAGUGAGAAAUACCAGUAAUUCUUUCCAAUACAACAUUCCGAAUAAUGAUGAAGAUGCAAAAGAAAUCUCAAUAGUUUUGCCUGCUGAUAAGCAGUUCCACUUUCCAGAACAUAACGUGAUAGAAAAUGUUGCAAGCACCAGGGAGUUAGCUGCUUCAACAAAUGAAUGUCAAUAUGUUUUUAAGGAAGUUGAUCUUGCUGCUCAGAGGGACAGUCUUACUGUUUUUGAAUCAAAUGAGAGCACGUCUAUGAAUGUUAACGAUUCAGUUCUCACCACACAAAUGGACCUGCCUGGAAUAUUCGCAGGAGGGAGUGGCAAAAAUUCCCAUUCUGCAUUAUCUGAAGAGCCUCAGAGGGAAAGUGAUCAGGGGAAGUCUUGCGAGGCUAAUCAACAGGACGAGUAUUCUUUUGAUAAAAAGGAGCAUGAAAUAACAGAAUCUGUGGUAUCACCCUCUUAUAAAUCUCGUGGAAACAUUAACUUUAUUGAGGAAGGCUUUGCUGGUGAAGAUACCUUGAUGUCUGAGAAAAAGAAUUCCUUGGCUGAAAAGAAAGGACCAUUUAUCCCAGCAGGUGUAGCUAAAACUUCUUUGGCCGAGCACUUGAAUUCCACUGUUAAAAAGAAGAAUGUCAGAACCAUUCUGAUACAUGGAACCCCAAACAAACAAUCCCAGAAAGCUGACAUGAAAGAAAAUGAUCCAAAUGUGAAGGGAAAUAUUGGUACCUUAACAGCAUUAAGAUCAGAAAAGAGGCGUGCUCUGCAAAUCCUACCAUGGAAAUAGAAGAAACAUUUCUGUUAAUUUUUCUUCUUCUUUCGUUUGUCUUUUAUUUGAUGGCUAAGCAUAUCUCAUGGCCUAUAUUACUGUUACAUGAGAUAAAAUCAGCAACUUUCGUUUUUUGCUUUUGUUUUGUUUGUGCUUGAAGGUGGUGAGAACUAAACGAUUGUAAUUAUAUCAUGUUUAUGUUAUUUCA